ACGAAAUUCAAGAUGGCGUCGCUGAAUGACAGAUCAGUUUGGGAUGAGGUUGAGGACGGGAUUGGUGAGGAGGUUCUCAAGAUGUCUACCGAGGAGAUCAUUCAGCGGACACGGCUCUUGGACAGUGAAAUUAAGAUCAUGAAGAGUGAAGUAUUGCGAGUUACCCAUGAGUUGCAGGCAAUGAAAGAUAAAAUCAAGGAGAACACUGAGAAGAUCAAAGUGAACAAGACCUUGCCUUACCUUGUCUCCAAUGUCAUCGAGCUUUUGGAUGUAGACCCCAAUGACCAGGAGGAAGAUGGAGCUAACAUUGACCUUGACUCUCAGAGGAAAGGCAAAUGUGCUGUCAUUAAAACAUCCACAAGACAGACGUACUUUCUCCCUGUCAUUGGUUUGGUGGAUGCGGAAAAAUUGAAACCUGGUGAUUUGGUGGGGGUGAACAAGGACUCAUACCUGAUCCUGGAGACUCUGCCCACGGAGUAUGACUCCAGGGUGAAAGCCAUGGAAGUAGAUGAACGACCCACGGAACAGUACAGCGAUAUCGGUGGCCUGGACAAACAGAUCCAAGAGCUUGUCGAAGCCAUUGUUCUUCCCAUGAACCACAAAGAGAAGUUUGAGAACUUGGGCAUACAGCCUCCAAAGGGGGUUUUGAUGUACGGGCCCCCAGGAACUGGCAAAACUUUGCUGGCGAGAGCCUGUGCUGCCCAGACGAAGGCCACCUUCCUGAAGCUAGCUGGACCCCAGUUGGUUCAGAUGUUCAUUGGAGAUGGAGCCAAGUUGGUCCGGGAUGCUUUUGCUCUGGCAAAGGAGAAGGCCCCCUCUAUCAUUUUCAUUGAUGAGCUGGAUGCCAUUGGGACCAAACGGUUCGACAGUGAGAAGGCAGGUGACAGGGAGGUUCAGAGGACCAUGUUGGAGCUCCUCAAUCAGCUAGAUGGAUUCCAGCCUAAUAUGCAAGUCAAGGUAAUUGCAGCGACCAACCGGGUGGACAUUCUUGACCCGGCUUUGCUGCGCUCCGGCCGCCUGGACCGCAAGAUUGAGUUCCCCAUGCCCAACGAGGAGGCCCGCGCCCGCAUCAUGCAGAUCCACUCUCGCAAGAUGAACGUAAGCCCUGAUGUGAACUAUGAAGAGUUGGCUCGGUGCACAGAUGACUUCAAUGGUGCCCAGUGCAAAGCUGUGUGUGUUGAAGCGGGUAUGAUUGCUCUGCGACGGGGGGCAACUGAGCUGAAUCAUGAGGACUACAUGGAGGGCAUCCUGGAGGUACAGGCCAAGAAGAAGGCCAACCUGCAGUACUAUGCUUGAGCUCUGCAGUAGAGCUGUGAAAACUUGAUGUUCCGCUUAGUUAUGGGAAGUGAGUGGAACAAUGUCUGUCUAAACUAAUCAAAACAUGCGGUAUUAAAUGUUUUGAUUGGUUCUGAUAUCCUAUUGAUUAACAGCAUGUAUGUUGCCACACAUUAAGUGGCUUUUGAUGUAAGAGUUUGUGGGAUCUAUUACACUUAUACCAGUUCUCUUGUAUGAAUUAAAGCAUUUUCCAUUCAUAACUUCA